GUGGCCUGGCCCCAGGAGACCCGGAUGCCCAGAUCCUGUCCUGCUCCAGGAAGACUUCCUCCUUCUCCACCUGAAGACAGGGCGAUGAUCCCUUCCACUUCCCCGGACGUUUUGCUGGACGCCGAGGGACCCUUUCCGCUCCCGGAUCACGCCUAUUACGGGGCCUGGGACCCCCAAGGGCCCCUCCAGGCUCCAGGCGGUGGCGAGGAUGAAGACGAUCUCCUCUUGCUGCUCAUUGACCCCAAUGUGGCCUGCGACCCCCACGGUCCGGAGAGCGACAGCGGGAUCUCGGACGACCCCCGGGCCGAGUCCCCCAAUCCGAGAUACGCGGAGGCGCAAGGCCCAUCGUCCACGGCUGUCUGCGAGGUCGUCUGUGACUCCGGAGGGGCGCCUUUCCCCGACGUCGCUUUUGCAGGGACACUCGGGACCUGGACUCCGCAAACCAUCAUCCCUGGGGAUGGAGCCCCCUCUGCAGAGCAGGCCCUGACGGAAGAAGAGCACCGCUUGCUGGCCCAGGAAGGGGUCUCUCUCCAGGGGGGGCGGCCCCUCUCCAAGGUGGAGGAACGCAUCCUGAAGAAGGUCCGGAGGAAGAUCCGGAACAAGCGCUCGGCCCAGGACAGCCGCCGGCGCAAGAAGGAGUACGUCAACGGCCUGGAGAACCGGGCAGCGGCCUGUGUGGUCCAGAACCAAGAGCUGCGGAAGAAGGUCCAGGACCUCGAGGUGCAAAACAGUUCCCUCCUGGCCCAGCUGCAAAAGUUGCAUGGACUCAUCAAGCAGACGUCCCCCAAGGCGGCCCAGACCAGCACGUGCCUCUUGCUGUUGCUCUUCUGGCUGGGCCUCUUCCUGCUUCCCAGCGGCCGCGCCUUCUUUGGGGGGACCCAGCUCAGCCGACAAGGGUACAAGCCCUCCCGAGGCAAGUCCACACUGCCGGAUUUAACACAGUUCCAUCCCCAGGCAGAGGAGGGACUUGCGGUUUGGCGGGGUCUGAGGAUCUGCUUUCCCUCCCCAGUGAUUUCCAGGCACAUCCUGCACCAGGGGAGCCUUCCCGACUCGGAAGGAGACGAUGGCACCGCCGAGGGAGCGGACGGAACCAAGGACCGGGUUCCCGAGCAGAAAGCCUGGGCCAAGGCAUCUGCUCCGGAACCGCUCCGGAACAACACAACGCAAGAAGAGAACGGUCUGGUGGAGAAGGACCCCGAGAGGCAAAGCCACGCCGAUGAGAUGUAAUCACUAAGGCUGCCUCUGAGCAUGCGCAAAGGGCAAGAUGUUUGUAUUCAGAAGUCACCAAGGGAGCCCCUGAGCAUGCGCAGAGAGCAUUACAUGUCUAUUUGGAAGGCACCUGGCUGCCUCUGAGCAUGCGCAGAGAGCACUAAGGUCCUAUUUGGAAGUCGGAAAGGGAGCCUCUGAGCAUGCACAGAGCGCAUUAUAUUUCUAUUUGGAAGUCAGUCACUAAGCAUGCCUUUGAGCAUGCGCAGAGAGCAUUACAUGUCUAUUUGGGAGUUAGUCACUAAGCAUGCCUCUGAGCAUGCGCAAAGGGCAAUAUGUUUGUAUUCAGAAGUCACCAAGGGAGCCCCUGAGCAUGUGCAGAGAGCAUUACAGUCCUGUCUUGAAGGCAUCUGGCUGCCUCUGAGCAUGUGCAGAGAGCACUAAGGUCCUGUUUGGAAGUCAGUAAGGGAGCCUCUGAGCAUGCACAGAGCGCAUUAUAUUUCUAUUUGGAAGUCAGUCACUAAGGGUGCCUCUGAGCAUGCGCAGAGCGUGUCAGGGUCCAAUUGGGAAGUUAGUCCCUAAGGCUGCCCUUGAGCAUGCACAGAAAGCAAUAAGGUCCUAUUUGGAAGCCGAAGGAGCCUCUGAACAUGUGCAGAGAGCAUUACAGUCACUAAGGAUGCCUCUGAGCGUGCGCAGAGAGCAUUAUAGAAUCAUAAGAGUUGGAAGAGACCACGUGGGCAUUAGGGAUCCGUGUGGAAACCCAUCAGGGAGCCUCUGAGCAUGCACAGAGAGCAUUACAUUCCUAUUGGGAAGUUGUCAUUGAGGGUGCCUCUGAGCAUGUGCAGAGAGCAUUACAGUCCGAGCCCCUGAGCAUGCGCAGAGAGCAUUACAUUCCUAUUUGGAAGUUAAGACACUAAGGGAGCCUCUGAGCAUGUGCAAAGGGCAGUACAUUUCUAUUCAGAAAUCACUAAGGGAGCCUCUGAGCAUGCGCAGAGAACACUUAGGUCCUAUUUGGAAGUCAAUAAAGGAGCCUCUGAGCAUGCACAGAGGGCACUGGGGUUCUAUUUGGAGGUCAGUUGCCAAGGCUGCCUCUGAACAUGCGUAGAAAGCACUCAGGUCCUAUUUGGAAGUCAAUAAAGGAGAUUCUGAACAUGCGCAGAGAGCAUUGGGGUUCUAUUUGGAAGUCAAUAAGAGAACCUCUGAGCAUGCGCAGAGAGCAUCCGUGUUCUAUUUGGAAGUUAGUCCCUCGGGAUGCCUCUGAGCAUGCACAGAGAGAGAUUUACAUGUCUGUUUGGAAGUCGCCAUGGUUGCCUCACUAAGGGUGCUCCUGAGCAUGCACAGAGGGCACUGGGGCCCUAUUUGGGCCUGACCAGCCUGAGCCUGGGUGGCGUGCAUUGAAUAUUCAGCAUCUCAUUAUGAAUAUGCAGAUACGCCCAAACCCUAAAGGAUUGUUCUCAUUGGUAAGACGGGAGGGAGCGGGUUUGUUUACGACCCUUGGGGAUUUUAUUUUUCAUGCUGAUUUAUAUAUAGAUUAUGUAUUAUUAAAUUACUUAUUAAUUAGUUGGGAUUUUAUUUUUCACACUGAUUUACAUAUAUAUUGAUUAUGUAUUAUUAAAUUGGUAUUCAAUAAAAUAUAUUUUCCCAAGCUCCCAA